AUGUUCAUGUCGUAUCAUUUUGUAGAUUGGAUAUAUGAUGGAAAUAUUGUACAUUCACCUGUUCCAUCUGAUUGUGACAACGACGAAAAUGAAUGUCAACCAGAUCUCGAAGACUUGCAUGAAUCUGCAUUCACAAAUGCUUUUAAUAUCUUCAAACAAGCUCUUGAAGCAACUGGUUUUAAAGACCGAAUUAGCAGAACAUCGUCGUUUUCCAGUCUUGGACCACGUAGUCAACGUAAUUUUCGUUAUCAAACAAAAAAAAAUUUAUAUCAUUGUAUAAAUCUCCUUACUGAUGCUGAGGCAGAUGUUCUUUGGAAAGGUUAUAGGAAAGAUGACGACGAGGAUUCUAUUGAUGAAAAGAGUUUUGACGCAGUAAUGACUGCUAUAAAUACUGCUCUCACAGAUACCGAUCAUUACUCAACUAAGCGACAAAUUCUAGGCAUAGUUGCUGCUGAUUUUCCUAUAGGUGUACUACAUGACCGCUUUCCUGGUAUUAGCGAUUACCAAAUAAAGACUGCACGAAAGCAUGCUUAUUCUAGCGAUCGAGGAGCACCAGUCAACAUACAACGUGAACUAUUAGAACGCUACAAUGUACAACAAGUUGGCCAUUUUCUAGAAUUUGUCCUUUCACCUUCUAUCACUGCUGAUAUUCCAUUCGGAAAAAAAACUCUUAAAUUAACUACAGGCAAAACACUCGAAGUUGUAAAUACUGUCCGUAAUACCAUUAAUACCCAUAUCAUUCAACAAUAUCAUUCUUUUUAUUAUGAAACAACCAAUGGCGACUUUAAACCACUUGGUGAUUCUUCUCUAUAUGCUAUAUUGAAGGAAUGUACUGCUUCAACCAGAGCAAGCAUGGUAGGUAUAGAUAAUUAUGCAGCUAACGGCUCUACCGCUUUCGACAACCUUAAAAAAAUGCUUGAUGAGCUAGCUACAUUUCGCGAGCCAAGCGUUGACGAAUCUACAGAUUUUGAUCCAGAAACAACCGAUGACUUUUCAGCAACAUGUCGUCCUUCCGGUUUUCUCCUGUGGGAUUGUCCUGUCGAAGGUUGUAUUCAGCAAUAUCGACGUAACUAUGAUCUUCAGUGUCAUCUCGAUAAAGGAAAAUACAUUGUCAAAGGAGUCAAAACAUCCCUACUGGAUAAAGCUAAAUCUAUGUUUAAAAAUAUUCUUGAAAAUGAUGCUCAAAGAGUACCUAUUACUCUUCAAAAUUUCAAAAGUGUCCAAAAUUUUAAUCGCAUGUCAACCGUUGUUUUACCAAAAGGAUGA